AUGAAGGUUCCCAGCCUGACUGCUGCUGCUGCUGUGAUUGCUGCUACUGCUGCGGCGGAGGGACCAGAGCAGGAAGACGACGAAGACGACGAGGUCGAGGAGGACGAGGAGGAAAGCAAGGAGGAAGACCAAGAAUCAGAAACUGAGAAACUAGUCGUAAGGGAACCUGAGUCUGAAAAUGUAGAUGAACAAUUCUCCUUUAAAUAUAGUCCUGGAAAACUGAGGGGAAACCAGUACAAAACCCUGCUGACCAAAGAAGAACUUGAAGAGGAACAAAGGAUUCAGAGACAGCAGUUGGCUGCCAUCUUCAGACUCAUGAAGGAAAAUGCAGAAACAUUUGGGGAGAUGUCUGAAACGGAUAUCAAAGAACAGCUAAAGCUUUAUGACAUGUAAGCCUCCAUGCCUCACCACCGUUUUCU